UCUCACAUAAUCCAGCACGAUGGGAAACGACCUCAGAUCCGUCGUCGUCUUUGGCAUUGGCGAGAUCGGCAGGCCGCUCGUAGAAGAGUUCCUGUCUCAUGGCUAUUCAGUGCGAGCAGUGACACGCCAAGGCAGCCAAAAUCCGUCGGUGCGCUCCGUCGAGGAAGCUGGAGCCACGAUUGUGCAAGUCGACUACAGGGACGAGAAGUCGCUGGAAUCGGCCAUUCGCGGUACGGACAUCGUCAUUUCGACGUUGAGUGGCCCAGCUUUUGCUUACCAAGUCGCUCUGGCCAAGGUUGCCAAGCGGGAAAGCGUCAAGCUCUUUGUGCCCAGCAUGUGGGGUUUCGACUACGAAAACCCACGAUUCAAAGACCCAAAGCGGAACCCGCCAAUGAUCAAGGAGAAGUACGACCUUCUUGAAGAGCUGAACACUCUCGGCCUGCCUUGGUUUGCGUUUUCGAACGGGCUCUUUACGUCAUGGAUGCUUUCUUCGGUCCAUGGAAUCGAUGCGAAAAGCUGCACAAUUCGCUGGGCUGGGCGCGGUGAUAAGCUAGUGACUUUCACACACCUGCGCGAUGUUGCGGCCUUUGUACAGCUCGCCAUAUCCCGUAUUCCGAUCCCACAGCCAGGCACAGGUCGUUGGCUCUAUGUCGAAUCGUUCAGAGCCACAUUCAACGACGUUUUCGCCGAGGCGCAGAGACUCGAUGGGACGCGGCGACAGUGGACUAUGACCCGCUCAAGCGCGGAUGAUGCGAGACAAACGCAGACCAGCGAUUCGGAGCAAGGCGAAAUCGCUUGGCACUUGGCAUUGUUUGACGAUGGUGAUGGGCUGCGUGCAGAGAACGACAACAAACUUGUCGGCUUCGAGCCGAAGUACGACUUCGCAAACGCGGUUCAAGAAACUUUGCUUCAAGAGCGAAAGUAGCCGCGCCCUGAUCUCGCAGUCCUCUUCUUCCAUGCAAAGAGGGCUAAGCUUAGAGGGAGACCUGUGCGUGAACGAAAACGUCAAACGUACGAAUAGAGCGGUGAUCACCUUCAACAGUCAAUAGUAGUAAAUUGAGGACAGGGUCGAGUACAGUAUGGUGGCUGCGUCAAGGUCAGAUGCCAAGGACACGCGCGCUUGCCCUCACUGCUCUUCUAGCGACUCGAUCUGCAUCAUUCUCUCAUUUGCUUUUGCUGCAAUGAAUACUGCGGGUAGUUUACAGGGUACUGCUG